AUGGGAAAAGACAUACUAAUUGGAAAAAUAGACGACGACAAUGCAGAUGUCCGAAAAACUGCCCAGGAGAUGGAUGUUAUCCGCCAGAGAACAAUUGCUUAUGAAUAUCUGUGCCGUUUGGAGGAAGCAAAAUUAUGGAUGGAAUCAUGUCUUAGGGAAGAACUUCCGGCAGCGGUUGAGUUCGAAGAGAAUUUACGUAAUGGAGUUUAUUUAGCGAAGCUUGGCAAUUUUAUAGCACCGGACCUGUUACCCUUAAACAAGAUUUAUGAUAUUGACCAACAACGUUACAAGAUGAUGGGCCUGCAAUUUAAACAUACAGACAAUAUAAAUAAAUUUCUACAAGUCUUAAAAAAGACAGAAUUGCCUGUGACGUUUCAACCUGAAACCACAGACAUAUAUGAUAACAAAAACAUGCCAAAAGUUAUUUACUGUUUGCAUGCAUUGAGCUCACAUUUGUUUAAACUCGGGAAGGCACCAUUAAUACAUGAUGUCUUUGGCAAAGCAGUCUUUACAGACGAACAAUUGGACUCUGUUUCAAAAGACUUACAAAAGUGUAAGCAUCCAUUGCCAAUGUUUCAUAAAAUAAGUGGUAUUUUAUCAAAUAACAACAAUACAAAUGACAAUGCCAGCACUCAGAAUGCUUUGAUUGAACUUAAUAACUUACUUGACUCGGAGAAAUCCAUAACAUGUGCUUUGCUAAAUCCAAAUUUAAAAAUUAAAUAUAUUCAGAAUUAUCUUAUUGAUGAAUAUAAAGAGGUUUUGAAAGCGGCGAAACGUGAAAAGAUAGAAGUUGCUCACAACCACUCACUUAAUGGUAGUUAUGCUCCUGAAGACUAUGAUGAAUUACUCACACUGGUUGAAAUCCAAGGUCAUAUAACGGCCACAAAUUAUAAACACCUCUGGAAAACGCUUUGUGCUGCAUGUAGAAGUAAUGACAUUAACAAACUCCACAAGAUAUUUACUGAGGAGUGGGUGAAAAUUAAAAAUUAUAACAGCGGUAACAUAGACUUCUACUGUGACGUUGUUCAAAACAUCAUAGAGAGUUGUAAGGAUGUUGAUGUGGAAAGUAUAACGAAUUGGCACAAAAUUUUCCAAAACAUUAUAAAUGAUGGAAACAUGAAAUCAAAGGAACAUUUGGAACACAAAGAAGCGAUUGUCCAAGUGAAUAAAGCAUUAGAUGAAGGUACUCCCGAUGAUCUAUUUGAAGCUCUAACAAGUCCAAAGCUUGGACUUAGUUUUAAAAUAGAGAAGUAUGCCGCACCUCUGUUGUUUGAAGAAAUGAGAUUGGAAAAGUGUGAAUUGGAUAAGAAUCUUAAUGAGAGUGAAAUUGCGGCAACCGCUUUAUAUCUGAAUGACGUAGCGGCUGUGUCUGAAGCUGUUGAGAGAGGUAAUGAAGUAGCUGUUUGGAAUGCACUAAAUUCUAAACAAAUUAACUUAGAGGGACUCAGGCCACAUUGUAGACGACGUUACUUGUCCGCUUUGAUAAGUGCUCUGCAGGUUAAAGUUAAAGAACAGUGUGAUUGUCCACUACUAACACUUGAAGAUAUUAAAGAUACACUUGAUAUGGUCAACAUGAAGGAUGACAAUAAUGAUGAACUGAUUGAAAUUAUCGAUCAGAUCAAUAAAGCUGUGGCGGAUGAAAAUUCCGAAGCUUUAAUAACUUUACUAAAAAGUUCCUGUCUCAAACUACCCUCAUCUUUACAUAGAGAAGAAUAUCCAUUAUACAUGAGAACAUUGAAAAAAAGAUUGCUACAGAAAGAGUCAGAAAAUCUAUGGUUGGAAGACAUUGUUGGAGCUAUCGACGACGUUAACACCGAAUCUAAGAAGGUUAAAGAACUGACAGAGGAGAUCAUUCAGUUAAACUUGGCUAUAGUCAAGAAUGAUAUAAAUGAUUUCUGGAAAGCAUUAAACUCACAGCAACUAUCCUGCUCUGACGUGGUAGAGAGUUCCUGCAAAGAAGUUUAUUUUCAAAUGUUUUCUAAAGCACUGAAAAAGAAAGGCCAUCAUAUUUGUCCCUGGAUAGUUUGUCAUACCGAAGCCAGUAACACGGUAUACAUCGACGUUGAAUCAUAUACAUAUAGCUGGAGUACGCCCAAAGACUUUGUGCCAUACUCAAGAUAUCUUUCCAAAAAAGAUGUUAAGGCCAUCGUAGACAAGACAAAUAAACAUCACAUUAAUUCCUACAGACUCCGAGAAUUAGAGAAAACAAUAACUAGAUUUCAAGCCCACUGCAAAGGAUUCUUGAUAAGACAAUCAGUUAAUCGACUGCUAUAUUUUAAAGACAAUGUUGAUUCAAUAAUAAAGAUCCAAUCCUGGUGGAGACAGAUUGUUGUUAAUAGAAAAUAUGGGACGUUGAUAAAAAUGAAAGCAAUCGAAGCUAAACUUUUACGUGAGAGGAAAAGAAAUCCUUGGGCUUGGUAUAAAGUACAGGAACAAAAAAUAAUAAAAAUUCAAGCUUUAUGGAGAGGGCGCAGGGCGCGUAAUGCUUUCAUAUCUCUAUUCCACUCUCCGAAUCCUCCCCUCAGGGUUCUAAAAAAAUUCAUUCCGGUAUUAGACUUCACAACAGAAGAUUACGACAGAGAAAUGGAGUUACAAACCCUUAAAUCCGACGUUGUUCAGUCUAUACGAAAAAAUCAAGAACUUUCGAAGCAAAUCGACGAUAUGGACUUAAAAAUAGGGUUGUUGGUACAAAACCGUAUAGCGCUACAAGAGGUCGCCGCUCACGGUCUUAAAUUAAACAAUAUAUUACAUCAUCAAUCAAAAGUUAUGCAAGCAGAUGGGAGAGGCACUAUGUUAGCUGUGAACACGGCUGUUAAAGGUUUGAAAUCGCUAACAAAAGAAAGUAAAAGACUGCUAGAUGGAUAUCAACAUUUGUUCUACGAGCUACAAACAAAUCCGACAUAUUUAUCCAAAUUGCUUUUCUGCAUACCCCAAAAUAAAACCAAUUCGUUCCUUCAGAAUGUAGUAUUAAGUCUUUAUAAUUUCGGCGCGUACGCGAGAGAUGAGUACUUGCUUUUGAAGCUGUUUAGGUUUACAUUAGAAGAAGAAAUAAGUUGCAAAGUCAUGAAACCGUUCGAUAUAAUAGCGUCUACCCCAUUAGUGUUGAAAAUGGCGGUGAGUCUCUCAAGGCAACUGUCGGGUUUGAACAGCCUUCAAACGGUGAUAGGACCUCUGGUGGAGAAAAUAAUCAACGAUAAAGAUUUAAACAUAGAAACUGGACCGGUUGAAAUAUAUAAGGCUUGGAGGAAUGAAACUGAAAUGAAAACUGGACAAAUAUCGAAAUUACCGUAUAUAGUAAGUCAAGAUGAAGCAUUGAAUUACCCAGAAGUCAAAACAAGACUCGACAAAGCAUUAACUCAACUAAAAACUGUCGUGACAAUGUUUUUGGAGAAAAUCACUAAUUCUAUGGAACUGCUACCAUUUUGCAUAACAUAUAUGGCACGGGUUUUACAUCGGUCAUUGACAACUAAAUUCCCUCACACACCAGAAAAGGAUAUUUUGAAAGUGAUUGGAAAUUUGGUUUAUUAUCAAUUUCUGAAUGCUGCUAUUGUAGCACCGGAUGCUUUCCAUAUUAUAAACCUACCCAUUGGCGGAUCUUUGACAACUGAUCAACGAAAAAAUCUUGCAUCUGUUGCUAAAAUUCUUCAUUUCUCCGCCGCUAAAAAAGGAUUUGGUGAGGAAUCCAGUCACCUAAGAUGCCUGAACCCUUUCAUAGUGGAGUGUCACGAGCGGAUGAAGGAACUAUUCCGUCGCUGUUGUCGAGGACCCACGCUUGAAGAGUACUUCGCAGUAGACGAAUACACCGAGGCCACGCUACUACAUCACCCGCAUAUAUAUAUUACUGUUCAGGAAAUAGUAGACACGCACGCGUUGUUGGUGGAGUACCAGGAUGUGAUAGCCGAGCCUCAAGACCGACUGAACGAACUGUUAGACGAGCUGGGGGAUGUGCCCUCGGUCACACAGCUGGCGGCCAGGGACGUGCCCGCUCAAGUUGGAGAUACGGAAGAAAACGCUAGAUUGGAAGUCUGUCUGGCGCUCGUCAAUAAAUUCCAAGCUCCGGCCGAUGAUAUGACGGAUUUGAACAAACUUUUCAUCAAGACAAAGGAACUAUGCGUCGCUGUUAUACCUUUCCUUAAUGGCGAACAUUUACUAGAGGCGCUCUGCAUCGGCACUACAAAAGAACAACAAGAACAGUACAGCGAGAAGGUUAAACGAAGGAUUUAUUCUGGCCAAGUAAGGCCUGAUGAUGCAUUGACACUACGUGAACAUAUCGCUAAACUGAGACGGAAUUUAGAAAUGUUAGAAGACGAAGGCUACGUCGAACGCGAGGACGGUUAUCAAGCACUAAUAACAUCUAUAGCUCUAGACCUAUGCAAUAAAGGGAAGUACAGACAAGCUCAAAGACGAGCGCUCUCAACAUUGACGCGUACUAAACAAAGUUUACUAGAGAAAACCAAAUAUUACGAGGAGAAAUGCAAAUCAUAUGACCAGUAUAUUAAAUCCUGCUUGGAUAAUCUUCAUACAGGAAAAAAAAGCGUACACGCUUGUUUAAGAAGACCAGGAAAGGACGUUCAAAAGUUGAAAUCAAAGCUGACGAUCAAAUAUUCUGCAACGAAAUUAUUAGAGAAGGGUGUCCUAUUGGAAAUAGAUGGACUAUCAAUGUCUCAAUACAAAAAUGUUCAAUUUGAAAUCACACCGACAGAUCAUAAUGGAGUUUUUACAAUAACUGGAAAGUUUAUGGGUGUGGAAAUGGAAACUAUAGAUGUUGACAUUCAGGAUUUAUUACAGAAACAAUAUGAAGGGUGUACUAUCAUGGAUAUGUUUGGUAAAGCUAAAAUUAAUGUUAAUUUACUCAUGUUCUUGUUGAAUAGUAAGUUUUAUGGUAAGUCUUAG